AUGAAGAGUACAGACUGCAAUGCAAAUUGCAGUCAACAGCCAACACUCGUAAGGUCACAGUUCCAUGACCCUACAAUUAACCUCCAGCAGAGGUAUCAGCCUGCAAAGGACAUUGACAAGGUUUAUUUCACUGAUGUACAACAGGUUCCAUCAGAGUAUCAGUGCCGCCAAACCCCUGAAUGUGACAAUGGAACACCUGCAACACGUCACCUGACAGAGCAUCUGCAGCCACGUGCUCAGCCUGUGAAGGUGUAUGAUGAGCUGUCUCUCACUCCUUCUCUAACACUUCACUCAAGACAUGGCUGCAGCAAGAGCUCUGAACGUGGCACAGUUGAGAGAUUUCAUGCAAAGAAAAAAACACACAAGUGUGCUGAAUGCAAUAAGUUUUUCACACGUGCCAGUGGCCUGAAACAGCAUCAAGCCAUUCACACAGGACUGAAACCAUAUAAAUGUACUGAAUGCAAUAAGUGUUUCACACAGCUAGGCAGUCUUCGACAGCAUUAUGCCAUGCACACAGGAUUGAAACCAUAUAAAUGUACUGAAUGCUGUAAGUGCUUCACAUAUCUCAGCAAUCUUCAGGCACAUCGUGCCACUCACACAGGCAUGAAACAACAUAAAUGUACUGAAUGCAAUAAGUCUUUCACAUGUGCCCGUAGCCUGAAGAAUCAUCAAGCCAUUCAUACAGGAUUGAAGCCAUAUCAAUGUACUGAAUGCAGUAAGUGUUUUGCAUGUGCCAGUAGCCUGAAAAAUCAUCAAGCCAUUCAUACAGGAUUGAAACCAUAUAAAUGUACUGAAUGCAAUAAGUGUUUCGCAUGGCAAGGCUGUCUUCGACGGCAUUAUGCCAUUCACACAGGAUUGAAACCAUAUAAAUGUACUGAAUGCAAUAAGUGUUUCACAUGGCAAGGCAAUCUUCAACAACAUUAUGCCAUUCACACAGGAGUGAAGCGAUAUAAAUGUAAUGAAUGUUGUAAGUGCUUCACAUAUCUCAGCAAUCUUCAGGCACAUCGUGCCACUCACACAGGCAUGAAACAACAUAAAUGUACAGAAUGCAAUAAGUCUUUCAAAUGUGCCAUUGGCCUGAAAAAGCAUCAAGCCCAUUCACACAGGUUUGAGCGUUGA